AUGGGUGUUGUUGAUGUUAAAAACGCCAGGAGCAAGUUUCAUCUUUUAUUGGACCAAAACGUGGAUAAGAAGGCGUCGGAAAUUCAAGAGCAUAAGUGGAGGAACGAAAACGAAAGACGAGGAGAAAGACGUCAUAUCGGAAUGCAUCGCCUAUCACGGAGAGUCGUUCCGCAGCUAAGGUUGCAAGCACAAGCUUACUGCUCGCAGUCGCGCUUGCCAGCUAAGGCAUUAUAUCAACCUGGAAAGGGACGAAGGAAAUAUUCCAAUUCCGAAGCAUCGCCUGGACCAAAUAAAGAGAAAGGGAGGAAGGGCGCCGCAUAUGGCAGUGGGAAUGGUGACGAAAACGAACAUUACUCUCGAAAACACCAACCGUCCCCAGAGAGUUCCGAACGGGAUUCCUUCUCAGAAGAGUUCGAGCACCGAAUUCCAUCCAACAAGGCUCAUCCUACGCUCAGUGACGAAUAUCAGCACAGCGGCGCCGAUCCGCAGCACCCUAAGCGUCCUUCGAAGGAGGAACUAGGUCCUGAGGAACGAAAAAAACAGGACAAGGCCGAGGAGGAUGUGAAAAAGCAUAAUGAGGAUAUGAAAAAGAGAUAUGAUAGGGCAUAUGUUCAACUCGGUAAUCACGGCGAGUUUAGAUCAUUGGAGGAAGAGGUUGAGGAGUUUAGGAAUCGGGUGAACUAAGUUGGUAAAGAUAUUGGCGCAUGCUACUAUUUUUCGCCCGUUGGAGUUGGAUUCUCAUAUUGUAUGAAAUUAGCGGACUUUCAAUUCGGUGGGUAUUCUCUGGGCAGUCUCCACAUGCUAUUCUUCGGCGUUCCUUACCGCGAAUCGUUGGUUCAUUGAAUAACUGACCAAAAUUGUCAAUGGGUAGAAGCGGUAUUGAGCCCAGAGAAGAAUGAAUAAGGCAUAUAUUUAUACUUUG